AUGGCGAGAACACGAGUUUCUUCUUCUACGGAUCAGCAGCCCGAGGCCCCGGCAGCAGCUCCAGCUAGGGCUCCAGUCGCACCAGUGGUUAUUCUGGGCCUUCAGGAGGCCCUAGCUCAGAUCAUGACAGCUUGCUCGGGCUUAGCCCAGAUUGUUUCAGCCACCGCCGCUGCAGCUACAUCACAGUCCGGGGCAGGACAGCAGACCCCCGCGACUCGUACACCAGACUUAGCGGCGCAGGGAUUCCAGACUCCUGAGGCACUGCCAGCACAGCAGGUUGCCCCCGUUCAGCCAGUAGUGCCAGCUCCUACAGUUGCGCCAGCUCAGCCAGAGGCACCAGUUCCGCUAGUCUUGCCAGUACAGCCUACUACAGCAGCCCAGCCAGUUAUAGCGGGCCAGACCAGCGAGGGAGCGGCUGCUACCACAGAUUCUUUAUGGAGACUUGAUCGUUUCUCCCGGUUAUUCACUCAGACUUACAGUGGAUUGCCUUCUGAGGAUGCUUAG